ACCACCAAUUUCGGUAUCUAGAGCAACCAACCCAACCCAAGCAACCAAAAAUGGCAUUCAAAUUAACCAUUCUUUUCGCCGCCUGCAUCGCCGUGGCCAGCGCUGGCAUUAUUCCCGCCGCAGCUCCUCUGGCCGCCGUGGCCCAGGUGGAGGAGUACGACCCCCAUCCCCAGUACACCUACGGCUACGACGUGAAGGACGCCAUCUCCGGGGACUCGAAGACGCAGGUGGAGAGCCGCGACGGCGACAUUGUCCAGGGCCAGUACUCGCUGAACGACGCCGACGGCUACCGCCGCAUUGUGGACUACACCGCCGACCCCAUCAACGGAUUCAACGCAGUGGUGCGCCGUGAGCCCCUCGUGGCCGCCGUUGCCGCCGCCCCCGCUGCCGUGGUGGCCGCUCCCGCUCCGGUUGUCCGCGCCGCCGUCGCCGCCCCCGUGGUCCGUGCCGCCCCCCUGACCGCCGCCUAUGCCGCCGCCCCCGCACCUCUGGCCUACGCCGCCGCUCCCGCUCCCCUCGCCUACGCCGCCGCCCCUGCUCCCCUCGCCUACGCCGCCGCCCCUGCGCCCAUCGUCAAGGCCGCUCCCCUGGUCGCCGCUGGGCCCGCCAUCGUCAAGACCCAGUUCGCUUCGCCUCUUAUCUCGUACGCCUAUUGAAAACCCAAGGAAUAGGCCACCACGACCGAUAAUUGCCGUUAGUUGUUAUUGAAUAAAGGAUGUGAUCUAAUUGAAUGGAAA